AUGUGUGUCGACAUAGCAUCGUGCACCUCUUCCAUCUUUCAUUUGUUGAUGAUGUCUGGUGAUCGUUAUUUAGCAAUAUGUAGACCAUUAGUUCACAGAACUUUACCUCGUCAUUUAUAUAGUAUGUUGAUAUCUGUAGAAAUAUUGGGAUAUAUCAACUCGAUGUUAAAUCCUAUUCUAUAUUAUCGCAGCAAUAAGAGUGUUAACGCGGCUGUUACGCACCUGUUGGAUACAAUUUUAAACAGAUAA